AUGUUAGUGCUUUUGGGUGGGAUUGCGGUACCGUUAGAUAAAAACAAAGAACAAAACAAAGUCAAGGAGAGGCAACAGGUUUUGUAUAGCAAAUCCAUGUUUUUUGUCCGAACCGAAGAUGUAGGAAGAAGAGCCAUAAGUGCACUGGAGAACGUCUAUGGAACAAAAUAUCGUUUUGGAACUGGUGCCGAUAUCCUAUGUGAGAUACCACUAUUCCUCCGAGUUUCAGAUCCUUCCUCUGGAGGUUCUGAUGAUUGGGCGAAAGGAAAGGGUGGAGCGAAAUAUGUUUACCUGAUGGAGCUGCGACCAGGAGAAGAAGUCUGGGAUGGAUUCAUACUUGAUUCGCGCCAACUGAUCCCGACUGGGCGCGAAACUUGGGCAGGUAUCAAGGUGGUCAUCGAAGCUGUUCUGAACCUAAAACGAGCUAAACAUGCUAGCACAAUAGAAGCUUCUGCGCACACUGCAGCGACGACACAGACGACGACGACAUCCACUUUACCCCCUACCACACAAGCAUCGACGACACCCCGGCCCCGCCCCAUAAGCCGAACCCCGCCCUCCCCUCCCCGUGCACCCUUUACCAUGCCCACCAUCCACUCGUGGAUAACCCGACAUCCCCCUUUCGUUGCACCCCCUACCACACCCACCACACCCCCGAAAGGACGCAAUAGAACCACAGUGCCACUGUUCGCUGCCACAAAAGCACCU